UGGGGGCAGUGGGCUCCGGCUCUCUAGCCGCACACGCGGGACGCUGCGCCGCCUUGCUGGGCUCUGCCGCUAGUUGCGAAGCUGCCACGCGUUGCUACGUCCUGGCGCUAAGAACCGGGAAAGAGAGACAGAAAACAAUUCACCCCGUCCCAGCAGCUCACUUGACGGCAUUACUGAUACCCGAGCCUGUUGCUUCAAGUGCGCAGGCGCCGCAGCCAGCCGCCCGCCGGGGCUGGGAGGGGAAAGCGGCGGGGGGGGCGGGCCGUGACUGCGGUUCCGGGGCGGGGCCGUGGGGAAGAGGCUAGUUACCGGUGUCCGCGCCGCGGCGAAGCAAUGGCGAUUUUUAGUGUGUAUGUGGUGAACAAAGCUGGCGGCCUGAUUUACCAGUUGGACAGCUACGCGCCACGGGCCGAGGCUGAGAAGACUUUCAGCUACCCGCUUGAUCUGCUGCUCAAGCUACAUGACGAGCGUGUGCUCGUUGCCUUUGGCCAGCGCGACGGCAUCCGGGUGGGCCACGCGGUGCUGGCCAUCAAUGGCGUGGACGUGAACGGCAAAUACACGGCCGAUGGGAAAGAGGUGUUGGAAUACCUGGGCAACCCUGCUAAUUACCCGGUGUCCAUUCGAUUCGGCCGGCCCCGCCUCACCUCCAAUGAGAAGCUCAUGCUGGCCUCCAUGUUCCACUCGCUGUUCGCAAUCGGCUCCCAGCUGUCUCCGGAACAGGGCAGCUCAGGCAUUGAGAUGCUGGAGACAGACACAUUCAAACUACACUGCUUCCAGACACUGACAGGGAUCAAGUUUGUGGUGCUGGCAGAUCCUAGGCAAGCUGGAAUAGAUUCUCUUCUCCGAAAGAUUUAUGAGAUUUAUUCAGACUUUGCCCUCAAGAAUCCUUUCUACUCCCUGGAAAUGCCAAUCAGAGUUUCCACUGGCUCUCCUCUGUACCUAAAGUGGAGAAAGAGCCUGAGGCCUCACCCUUUGUCCUCAUUUGUCCCUCCUGGGCCUGGCCUAGGUGUGAGCUGUUUGACCAGAACCUGAAGUUAGCCCUGGAGGUGGCAGAGAAGGCUGGAACUUUUGGACCUGGGUCAUAGGCUGAACCUGCAAUGGACACCCCCAAUUCUGAGAGAUCCUGCAGCAAGGGUCCUGCUGUUUCCACUCUGAUGGAGAUUCCAGCAGCCUUGUUAGUGCACUUGAAAAUGGGAGGAUGACGAGCCUGAUGACAUGUACUGAUCCCCGAGCCUUAAUACUUUGCUCUCUUCCCUCCUGUAUCUAUCAUGGUCCUACUUCCCAACUCUGUACAGAUUUAUUUAUGGAGGAGGUAGGCCCAUAAAUGCUGUAAUAAACAUUCCUUUGAUCUCA